AUGAUGCAGCCGUCUCGGCAGGCGGCGAUGGCGGCGCUGCUAGCGAUCGCUUCGUUCGGGACGCUGGUGCAGGGCCACGACCACCACGAAGGCGGCGAGAGCCACAUUCCCGAGGGCGAGGCGAUUUCACUGGAACCCAUCGACUCAAUCCUUUGGAUCCACAUCUUCAUCCAGAUGCUCGCAUACGGCGUCAUCUUCCCGGUGGGCAUGGUCUUUGGUAUUACAAAGUCUCGAUGGCACGUCCCGACGCAGAUUCUAGGCUCCAUCCUCGCUGUUGUCGGCUUCUUCCUCGGCCAUGCGCAUAAAGGGCGCGAGUUUGUCGGCAACAAUGUGCACGCCGUCUUCGCCAACAUUCUGCAGUUCCUGCUCGUCGGCCAGGUCGUGCUGGGCCUGUACUUGAAGCUUCACUGGGAGAAGGGCGCCCUCGGCUUGAUUCGCAAGUUUGUUCGACCCUUGCACUCCGUGAUUGGCAAGGCGAUGCCUCUUCUCGCAUGGGUGCAGAUGAUCUUUGGAGGCAUUACCACCCUCGGCUUCUGCCAGGGCGACCACGUUGGCCAAUGCGCAGCCCACUUCAUCAUGGGCGGUGCAUUCAUCGCCUACGGAAUCAUCCUGACCAUCAUCCUCCUCGCCGGACAAGUCUGGAUCCGCCGCACCGGGCGAUCGCAAGAGUUCUACGACAGCGCCGUCAUUGCGGCUUGGGGCUGCGUCAACACCUUCACAGAACACCGCUGGGGUACCGACUGGGUCAAGAACGAUUGGCAGCACACCACGAUGGGCGUCAUCUGGUGGUGCGCGGGUUUGGCGGGUAUCUGGCUUAGCCGAGAUCGCGACGGCAACCCGAAGCGCAACUUUAUCCCCGGAUUCGUCAUCCUCAUCACGGGCUGGGGCAUGUCUGCGCACCCCCAGGAGCUCAUGGUCAGCGCCAUGACGCACACCAUGUUCGGCUACACCCUGAUGGCCGCGGGUGCUGCGCGCAUCAUUGAGAUUGCCUUUAUCCUCAAGGAUGCUCAGUCGCUGUCCGACGACGGCCGCUCCUGGAACAGCUUCCAGUACAUUCCGGUUUUUCUCCUGUAUGCGGCCGGCUUCCUCUUCAUGGGCGCAACCGAACAGCAGAUGGCCCUCAUCGACAGCUCCAGCAUGGACGUCAUCUCGUACAUCCUCAUCCUGUACUCCCUCGCCUUCCUGGUCUUUUUGUUCGCCAACAUGCUCAUCCACCUGUACGACCGCCUGUCAAACCCGCCUUUGAACACAAAGGGAUUCGCCAACGGCCAUACGCAUGUGAACGGGCGGGCUGUAGAAGAUGGCCAUAUCCGCGCGGCAGAGGAGUUUGAGCUUGACGGAUUGUCGACGGACGACGAGGACGACGAGAGGCAAGGGAUGCUGGCAGGCGAGGGGGCUGCUCCCAAACGACCUGCUCCAGCCCAAACAUGA